GACCAACUCGAAGGCAAAAUCACCCUGCCCCCCUCCCGCUACGAGUUCACAACUGUCUACGCCCACCCCCUCGCAAAAGCAGACAUCGUCCUCGUCCACGGCCUCAACGGCGACCCCCUCAAGACUUGGACCUCGCGCGAAAACGGCGUCUACUGGCCCGUCGACCUCUUGCCUGCCGCACUCAAAGACCAACAUGCGAAUAUCCUCGUCUAUGGGUACAACGCCGAUGUGUACUCCUCCCGCAAAACGCCUAACCGAUCCCCGUCAGAUAACUUCAUCCACCAGCACGCUCAGUCACUCAUCACCUCUUUGACUCACCACCGCAAGGCCGACGGGACGGAACGUAACCCCAUCAUCUGGGUUGCCCAUAGUCUAGGGGGCAUACUGGUCAAGAGGGCGUUGCUCUACUCCAAUGAUGUGAGAGCCCAUCACCAGGAGGAUUUCAGAUCCGUUUUUGUCAGCACAUACGGUAUCAUCUUCCUGGGGACACCACAUAACGGCUCCGACAUCGCAAUAUGGGGACGGGUUCUCCAGGCGAUGAGCGAGGUGGCGAUCCCGAGAAAGUUGUUUGAAACGCAGAGUGUGCUGCUCAAGGCGCUGAAGAAGGAUAACGAGGGGUUGCAGGAGAUUAAUUCCCAUUUUUUGGAUGUGUAUCAACGGUUUAGGAUCCAGAUGGUGCAUGAGGGGCAUACUAGUGAUGUCAAGGGGAGCAAGAUCUUGGUUGUUGAUGCUGCGAGCGCGGGGCCUCAGCUGCCGGGGGUGACGUAUUAUGGGAUUGAGAAGGACCAUUCGGGGAUGUGCAAGUUUGAGGGGGAGAAUGCGCCGGGGUGGAGGAAUGUGAGCACGACUUUAAGGCAGUGGGUGGCGGAUGGGGUGAAUUUGAUUCCGCCGAGGUGGUUGUUGGAGGAGAAGGAUAGGCAGUUGAGGGCGAGCUUGGAGAAUUUUGAGAGGGCGAGGACUUAUGUGAGUUUUCUGCUGUGCCCUUGUGUCCAUCAGAUGUACUGA